AUGGAUUCCAAUACUGGCUACAACCCAGCCGCCUUUCCCGUUCCGACACAAAGCCCAAAUCCGAUGUCGUUCUACCCAAACUCGAUGUCCCAACAAUUCCCACAGUCCAAGGCCCCGUCACAGCCUGGACAGCAGCAGCAUUCCUUUGGUUCCCUCCCAAUGCAGCCAGGUGUUCCCGGUGGAGCUAUGAUGCCCUCACGUUUCCCCCAGUCUUCCGCAGCACCUAUGGAAAAUUUCUCUGCGCCCUUUAGCCAACCUCCCCUCCCCGCAAACAUGGCCCAGUUUUCGCAAGCCAACCCCGCACCGAAUACUCCCUCUACCGUUGCGCAGACAUUCUCCCAGAACAUGGCCUCCAUAUCUGCAAACAACUUAUUGACCAACCAGUCACGGCCCCAGAUGAACUCCCCGCGGGCCGCUCAACCGGGAACCCCCAACAUGGGUCAGGUCCCAGGCCAGGCCCAACAAUCCCAGACGCCGAUGCAAGGACCAUCCCCGGCUCAACUACAAGCGCAGGUACAGGCGGUAGCACGAGAGAAGAUUCGCAUGACGACACUCCUUGACAUCAAUUCAACAUUAUUAGAGGAGAUUGUGAAUCUACAGACGGCGGGCAAGGCAGGUUCGCUCAAUGCUGACGGGACCGCCCCAAAGCCGAGCCAGGAGUAUAUUGAUUGUAUGCGACGACUACAGGCCAACCUGUCGUACCUCGCCUCUAUAACGGACAAACAAAAAAGGCUCCCGGCGCCGGCACUGAUGACUCCGCCUCCAAGCUUGCCCGUCCUGAAUGACUUAUAUCAAAAAUUAAACGAGCUCUUUCCCCGAUCCGGCCAGGCUCCUACCCCUCAACGGUUCAGUCCCGCUAUGAUGCAGGGAAAUGGUGGACCUAGUCCCUCCCCCAUGCCAGAGUCAGUUAUCUGA